GUAAUAACCGCGGAUCCUUCAGGUGGCGCUAGAGGUUUUCUUGACCCGGUUGAAUCCGUCCUGCGGACCGCAGAGGAACAGCAAGGAUGCAACGCGACAAAACCGGAAGCUCCGGCGGUGGGGAUAAGCCAGACAGAGAAACCGCCAUCAUGUCUAAAUACUAUGAUGGGGUCGAGUUUCCCUUCUGUGAUGAAUUCUCAAAAUAUGAGAAGUUGGCGAAGAUCGGCCAGGGCACCUUCGGGGAGGUGUUCAAGGCCAAACACAGACAGACAGGGAAGAAGGUGGCUUUAAAAAAAGUACUUAUGGAGAAUGAGAAAGAAGGGUUUCCCAUCACAGCUCUGAGGGAAAUCAAGAUCUUACAGCUGCUCAAACAUGAGAAUGUGGUGAACCUCAUUGAGAUCUGCAGGACAAAAGCCACCCAGUUUAACCGUUAUAAGGGCAGCAUCUAUCUAGUGUUUGAUUUCUGUGAGCACGACCUAGCUGGACUGCUGAGCAACGCAAAUGUUAAAUUCACUCUGGCUGAGAUCAAGAAGGUGAUGCAGAUGCUGCUGAAUGGACUUUACUACAUACACAGAAACAAGAUCCUCCACAGAGACAUGAAAGCGGCCAAUGUUCUGAUCACCAGAGAAGGCGUUCUGAAGCUGGCUGAUUUUGGAUUGGCCAGAGCCUUUAGUUUGGCUAAGAACAGUCAGGGGAACCGCUACACAAACCGGGUCGUCACACUGUGGUACCGACCACCUGAACUGCUGCUUGGUGAGAGAGACUACGGGCCUCCCAUAGAUCUGUGGGGUGGAGGGUGUAUCAUGGCAGAGAUGUGGACCAGGAGUCCCAUCAUGCAGGGCAACACAGAACAGCACCAGCUCACCCUCAUCAGUCAGCUGUGUGGCUCUGUUACUCCUGAGGUUUGGCCCGGUGUGGAUAAGAAGUAUGAGCUGUAUCAGAAGAUGGAGCUUCCUAAGGGUCAGAAGCGUAAGGUGAAGGACAGACUGAAGGCUUAUGUGAAAGACCCGUACGCUCUGGACCUCAUCGACAGACUGCUGGUUCUGGAUCCGGCUCAGAGAAUAGACAGCGACGACGCUCUCAACCACGACUUCUUCUGGUCCGACCCCAUGCCCUCUGACCUCAAAAACAUGCUCUCCACACACAACACCUCCAUGUUUGAGUACCUGGCGCCGCCACGCAGGAGAGGUCACAUGCCCCAGCAGCCAGCUAAUCAGAACAGAAACCCUGCCACCACCAGCCAAUCAGAGUUCGAAAGGGUUUUUUGAUUAAUCCGGCCAGCUGCUGACAAAAUGUAAGACAUUUCCAUAUAAUAUCUUGAGUUAUUGUUUCAUCACAGUGUUGUGUUGGAUAUCAGUAGAGCAGGCAGAUACAGUUCCUGUUGUUUAGUGUUAACAUCUAGAUUACAAAAAAAAUAGUGAUCAUUGAUGAGAUGAGUUCAGUUUAUAUGAAUUACUGAAUCCAUACUGAGCUGAUCCAGAAAAUCAGCAUGAGUUUAUUGUGCUGCCAUUGUACUGUGGGAGAAAAAAUAAUAAGUGUGCGUUCUGCUUUCAGACAGAUUCAGUGUAGUGUUGGAGACAAGUCUGCUUUUCCCAUUGAAAAUACAUUUGAAAAGAUGUUUAGUCUGAGAGAGCCAUUAACCAUUAUUUAAACACCUGGUCAUCAUCUUUUCAGAUGAUAUUGUUAAUUUAGUUUUUUUAAAGGAUGUUUUUAUUUGUAAGAUCAUGUGUAUGUGUUGGGAUAUUGGUGUAUAAGUUACUUGUAAGUAAAUUACACUAAUAAAUCCUUUCACGUUUACCAA